AUGACCGUCGCCGUUAUUAAAGUCCUUAAGCCCGACCCCGACGCUAAAGGCCGUAAUAACUACCCGAAGGUUAAGACACUAUACGCCGUCGUUACCUAUAUGCGCUCUAUAACUAUGCGCGAGAUGAAGGAUGUCGAGGAGUCCCUAGUCCCUAAGAAGAAGGGUCGAAAGAAGCCCGCACCCGGCAAAGGCCCUAAGAAGACUGCGACCCCUAAGGAACCGCAGAUUAAAGCUAAGUACUACGCUAGCAAAAGAAAGGGCAAGUAUUCUAAGGGCGACUACGGCCCCCUCGACUCUAACUUCGCGGACUUAGACCUUAAGCUCUACGACACCUAUAAAAAAAAGGGCAGAAAGAAGUGCUUUAGGGUCUAUGCUUGUAAGAACUAG